CAAGUGCGCAUGCGCCGGUGUCUGUUCACACGUCGCCGACUCGCUAGCUGCAGAAAGAUGAGGAUGCUGCACGUGUUUGCUCUGCUUGCUUCACUGGUACUGGCGGCAACGGGGGAAGAUGGUGCCCGUUUGCUCGCCUCUAAGUCCCUGCUGAAUCGCUAUGCUGUGGAGGGCCGAGAUCUUACACUGCAGUACAACAUUUACAAUGUGGGCACCAGUGUGGCAUUGGAGGUGGAGCUCUCUGAUGACUCAUUUCCUCCUGAGGAUUUUGGCAUUGUUUCUGGAAUGCUCAAUGUGAAGUGGGACCGCAUCGCUCCUGCCAGCAACGUAUCUCAUACAGUAGUGCUGCGGCCACUGAAGGCCGGCUACUUCAACUUCACCUCAGCCACUGUCAGCUACCUGGCCCAAGAGGGAGGACAGGUUGUGGUUGGAUACACCAGUGCUCCUGGACAGGGUGGCAUUCUGGCCCAGAGAGAGUUUGACAGGCGCUUCUCUCCCCAUUUCAUGGACUGGGCUGCUUUUGGUGUGAUGACCCUGCCUUCCAUCGGUAUCCCCCUGCUCCUCUGGUACUCCAGCAAAAGGAAAUACGACUCACCCAAGAGCAAGAAGAACUAAUAGUGAAGUGGGACAGAUGUGUACGUUUAAGCUGAAAUGGGGGUGGAAAAUAUAAAAGGGGUCAAGCAAGGGGUUGGAUUUUGAGUAAUUUUCAAUAAUUUUACUACCCAUAUUGGGGUAAAAUAAUUAAGGAUGAGAGGCUUUGUUUUUGAGUGUGGCUGAGAACUGAUGUAUUCUGCUGACAGUACUGUCCUACCUUUAAACGUCAUUUCAUUGGUCAUCAUUGGCUGCUCAAGAGCCGGAGAAUAGUUAAGAUAUUCCAUAACUUACUGUUUGCUUUGGUUUUGUUUUUGUAAUUAAGUGUUCACAUGCAUUUGGAAUGUAUUCACUUUUUGCCGGUUCAGCCAGUUGAAAUAAACAUGUGGGUUUUACAAAAAA